CCACCAAGCAACAGGACUAUUCUGGACCCACCUAGUACCUAGACGGAUAGGAUAUGGAUGAAAUGGACGUGCAGCAGUGGGAGGGCUGUACAACAACAGAGGAGGUACUGCAGCGGCUGAAGUCGGUCGGAAUCAACAUGAUAAGCGUGACGAGCGCUCUGGCCAACAGCGUGCUGAUGAGAGACUUGCUAGCUACUUGCGAUGGGGAGACCUUGCUACACACUGCUGCUCGAGCCGGGGACGUAUCGAUAUUACUGGCAGUGGUACAAGCCUACAAGAAGUUUGCUGGACUCCUGGCCAAAGCUCUAGCUACCAUUGAUGGUAAACGUGGGGCGCUUCCUAUUCACAUAGCCGUCAGUCACUGCAACUACGAACACACUGCCCUGCUGUUGAAAGAGUACAAGGAGCACUCUCCUGAGUCCCUCACUGCUACCGUGUCUGGAGAGACACUCAUGCACAUAGCUGCCUCUAUGUGCGAUGGAGUUAUGAUAGUCAAGUACCUCCUCCGUGAGUACAGGGACAUCUGUGGACCAAUGUUGCUACUAGCUAGGAACAACGGGAGCACGCCACUACAAGUAGCUGAUGGAACUAAGUCUUCUGCAGAGUUUCAAUUGACUUGUGCCGAGUCUUUUGCAAGGACCGUCAAUGCCCAGGGCAGAAUGCCUCAGUCUGCACAGGACAGUACAAGAGAGUUUCACACACGGCGUCCAAGGCAACAACUUGAGAAAGCCAAGGAGAUUAUCAGUCUGUUGAGUGAACCAACAUUGCAGGCUAAAGCUGCAGAGGCAGAGAGAGAGACACUGCUGAGGGAAAAACAAAAGUUGCAAAAGCGGGAGUUGAAAAUUGCAGACGAGCUCAGAGCUCUGCUGCAGGAUGAAAAGUGGGAAGCGAUUGAGGAGUACGUAGUAUCAACUUGUGAAGAGACCCAAAAGCUAUCUCUCAAGUAUCUUGCGUCAGUGGUCGGUGGUGAUUCAGAGAUCCCAGUUGCUCUCCCGCCACUGACUAAGGAGGUGUUGGCUGUCACCAAGAAAUACAUUGGCCGGUCGGAGGAUGAUCCAUUCCUGAAGAGCUCUCUAAUGCUACUGGCUGAGUUUUCGCAUCAGAAAGACAGUGCCAGUCUACUUCUAAGUGACAAUGAGGGAGUGUUGUUGCUGGUCCUGAAACACCUCCGCAGUCUGCAGACUGACCUCCAGCAUCUCUGUGUCACCAUUCUCUUCCACACUGCCAUCAACACUGAAGACACUAGCCGUAUUCAAGACGAAUGGAGGCAGCCACUUCUCCUGGUUAAAAACUUUCCAUAGACCAAGAUGUACAGAGGCUGGCUAGAGAGACGCUAGAGAGGCUGGGAGCUAGUGGAGAGGUCCCGGACCCUGGGACCUGGUCCACCACAGAUGUCUGUUUCUGGAUGAACGGAAACACUCCUCUCGAGAGGAGGAGUGAGUUUGUUAAGGCGUUCAGAGAUGCCGAGAUCAGCGGACUCCACCUGCUUGAGCUGGCACCCACCGAGAUGUCAGGUCUGGGAGUGAAGUUUGUGUCAGACCAGAGAAAGCUCUCCAGUUUGAUUGACGGUAAAUGUACACGUCUGCUGGCUGUAUGUGUGCAUAGCUGGUGAGAAAGGUGGAGAUUUCUGUUUGUAGAUCUGCGGAGGCUGAACAUGCGGUCGAUGGUGGGGAGAAAAGACGUGUUCCUCAGCUAUGCCCACAUCAAUAUACAGUUCGCCCUACGUAUCAAGAGGACACUGAAUGAUGGUGGCUACAGUGUGUGGAUCGACACUGCCGGGAUAAGAGCUGGGCAGAAGUGGAGGACCGAGAUAGCUAACGGCAUUCACGACUCCGGAGUGUUUGUGUUUGUCAUGACUCCACGCUCAACCAGCUCCCAGUACUGCCACGAUGAGCUGUCUCUGGCUGAGGAGUACAAGAAGCCCAUUGUCACGGUCAAGUACCAGCAUUCUGAUGAGAUGGACCCUGGCCUCAAGCUUAUCGUCCAGAGAAGACAGGUCUACGGUAGACCAUGUUGUGUGGUAAAUAUCCCGAGUAAGGAUCCUGGUCUUUCCUCUGUAGUGGAUGGACUUCAGUGACGAUGGGCAGUUUGAUAGCAGUUGUGGUGAACUACUGGAGGCCGUAGGCAGACUCAUAGGCCCUGGCAGUGGACCAGAGGGACAAGAAGAGCAGAUAGGACACAAGCAUACUGUAGAGUCUUCAGCUCUGGAGACUGCAUCGGGGACUCCAGAAACUGAUGAACCGAUAAUAACAGGGGCUCUCUCUGCCGAUGAGAUCAGGGAGCUGGUGGUCAGAGAGGUGGCCAGAGCCACAGCUGAGCUGAGGAGCACCAUUCAAGCUCUGGAGGCUCGUGUGGAAACCUUGGAGAACCAACACUAGCCUGUCCUUUCAUCCCACCACCACUGAUUUUUAUACCACAACUAUCAUGAAUUGCUCAAUUUUUAUAUCAUGAGAAUGAUUUGAUAAAUACAAUCAUAGAUUUGAUAGAGUGAUGGGUGCCACUAGUUCAGUGUUUGCCGCAGCCAAACUGCUUAUUCCACUGGAUGUAGAGGUCGAGAUCUCGCUCCGAUACACUCGGUCGGAUGACGUGGAGAGCUGCCUGGAAAUCCUUGUAGAGCACCGGCCGCAUCUGGACAUUUAUUUACAGAAUUUUGGAGGU